UCUCAUGGCCACCAGUUCGCGUGCACCGGUGUUCGAGCGCGGUCAAACUUAUCGUCGCUCGCUCUAUUAUCGUCGCUAUUUUCGGUCGAGAGCCGCUCGAUUGAUAAGCGCCAAACUACCCUAGUGCUUCGAUCGCGCCGCACGUACCUCAUCGCGCCGGAGGGAAUCGUUACAGUUUCACGUUCACAAUUCAAACAUUAUUCGUAUUUGCGCCGUCCAAUCGUGAAUUUGAAUUUGGGAAUUAUCCUUGCAAAUAGACGUGUGUCUGAUGAGUGAGUUUUCGUUUCCGAAGGUGUUGUGGGAGCGCGAGUCGGGAGGCGCGGGCGCAAUGGACAGCUGCUACAAGCUGUACACUUGGAUCAACCACACGGUGCUGAUGCUGCUCUUCCAGAUAUUCUGGAAAGUGAGCCAGCUGUCCGACUACUUGACCGGAAAGUCACCGGAGCCUAAAGCAGAGAACAUGGUGAUCACAUUCGCGCCACUCACAAAGGAAUCAAAACACAGACGGCACAUCAGAUCAAUGUCGGAUGUUCAGAGCAGCACGCCGUACCGGAUCCCGUUCCGGUCCCGGAAGGGCAGCACGCACACGCUCAUGUACGACUCGGACACGCGGGCGCGCCGGAUCCGGUCGCACAACCGGCACUUGCAGCUCGACUCGUCCGACUCCAGCGACUACUUCGACUCACCCAAGAAAAUCACGAGUUUGGGCCACAACAUCAUGAAACACACAGACUCCAUGAGAAUACUGUAAUGCAGUCCUGAGAGAUCUGAUUUAAAUUAAUAAAUGAGGCUGUACAAUCUAGUUGUCGACUAGAUCGGAAUCACGUCGGGUUGCCGUCGGUUCUAAGAGUAGGUAAUCAGAUUUCAAUUUAAUUGGGAUGUUCUUGCGAUUGAAGAAACUUUGGAUUCAAUGAUUGUUCGUUUCAUAAUUUUAGCGACGAUUUAUACUUUCAAGUGGUAAUGUUAUCGUAGGCAAGACUAAACAUGGCAUAGUCACUGUUUAUGUAUGACUGCCGAAUUGUAAAAUAGACUUUGGCAAUCUGAUUUGCUGUAGUGCAUAAUUUGAUCUUGUCCGUCGAAUAAUCUGAUGAUCCCAAAGAUGUAUAAUCCCAACGUGAUUCAGCGAUAUAACAGACUAUAGUGAUUUCCUUUAUGAGACUGUGAUGAAGUAGGUUAACGGUUAUGAUAACUAUUUAGUUGUAAUUAUUAGUUUUAAGUUAAUUUUCAUUGUCAAUUUUGUGUCAGUGUCUAUGAGACGUAUGACGAGGGCGAGAGAUGUGAUGCUGGCGAAUGUUUUCUACGUCAAAUGUAUAGAAUUAUUGAAUACUUUUCAUAUCAUAACCACAGGGUUGAACUGCUAAAAACCACCAAUUUACCUAUUAUUAAUUUAAUAAGGAUUCAAAUUGUGGGAACAUUUUACAAUAACAAUCAAUAAAAUCGAUAAACAGAUUGAAAAUAAUCAAAAAUAAAAUUAUAAUCUUUUCACGGUUUAUACUUAUCAAGAUGACUAAUUCGACCCUGUGUGGAUACUCGAUAGUAGGACCAAAGCUCUUAAUGUGGCCAUAUCUAAAGUACCUAUAAUGCUGAAACACUAGUCUGUAGAAGCACUACUUAGGUAAAUCUGUCAGAACAUAACACUGAUUGGUUCAGGCCUAGUUUGUUAAGAACAAAAGACUCAAUCGAGAACAGAUGUUGCAUAUGUAGUAAUGUUUCUGGAACAGCAAAUAUGUACCUAAUAUUUUGAUAUAGAGUUCAGUGUUAUUUGAAUUGCUAAUAAAACUGAAGCCUUUAUUAAUUUAGUUCUGACAUGACAGUGGAAAAUUGUGACAAAAGUGGGUGGGCAAAUGUUGACAGUCUACUCACAUACUGAGCUAAAAGUAAACACUGAAACUAAUAUCCAAGUCAAGAAAGAAUUUUCGGCUUGAUUUGUCAAGUAUUUUUAACCAGGAAAAUUCUAUUUUUAAAAUAAUGUUUUGUGCAGCAAACUUUUUUUUGUUUUGUUAAAAUAGUGAUGUGGAAGUUGACAAUACAAAUGUAGGAUUAAGUUUUGAGUAUUUUGGCUUAUUUCGCUAUCUCUGGACCAAAAGUAUCGAUAGAAACUGGAGUUUGUAAAAAAUGUGAUUAAAAAUGAUAUCAGAGAGCAGGAAUAUAGGCCUUCAAUUUUACGAAUGUGAUAAGUAGCAGUUAAAAUAUCUAUAACAUUGUUAUUUAUUACAUAAUAUUGAACCGUGAUGAAUGUCAAUAAACAAAGGAAAUUCCUAAAGAAACAUA